AUGCCAUUGCCAAUAGCCGCCCACAGCGCUCUCCUCGCGGUGGCCGUCGCCAUAGCCACGGCCACCGUCCUCCUCCCCUUCCCAUGGACGCCGCCGCGGGACCGCUUCGCCGACAUGAUCCUGGCCAACGCCACCAUCUACACCGCUGACCCCGCCCACCCGUUCGCUGACGCCAUGGCCGUCCGCGGCGGCCGCGUGCUCCGCAUCGGCACCUACGAGUCUGUCAAGGAGCUCAAGGGUCGCCACACGCAUGAGCUGAGUCUCAGUGAGAACGUGGUGCUACCGGGGUUCAUCGACUCCCAUGUCCACUUCAUCGAUGGUGGAUUGCAGCUAGCGAGGGUGCCACUUCGCGGGGUCAGAAGCAAAGAUGACUUCAUUGCCAGGGUCAAGGAAGCUGUCAGAGACAAACAUCCUGGGCAGUGGAUUUUGGGCGGAGGUUGGAACAAUGAUUUUUGGGGAGGUGAUAUCCCUGCUGCUGCUUGGCUGGAUGAUAUAUCACCUGAUAAUCCAGUCUGGCUCUCUCGCAUGGAUGGUCAUAUGGGAGUAGCCAAUUCAUUGGCUAUGAAGAUUGCUGGGAUUGACAGUAACACAAACGAUCCAAUUGGUGGAACUAUAAUGCGAACAACCGAAGGAGAGCCUACUGGUCUUCUAGUUGAUACUGCUAUGAGGCUUAUAUUUGAUGUCAUUGAAAAAGUUUCUAACCGUGAAAGAAGAGAGGCUCUUCUUAGAGCAAGUAGGCAUGCCCUAAUGAGGGGAGUAACUACUGUUGUUGAUGUUGGAAGUUACUUCCCUGGGGCCUCGACCGAGAAAACGUGGCAAGAUUUUGCAGGUGGUGUUAAAGCUUUCCUUGAUGGUUCUCUGGGUUCUUCAAGCGCAUUGUUCCAUGACCCUUAUGAGGGUGAUCCUGGUAAUUAUGGUCUGCAAGUGACAGAUUUGGACAGCCUACUUAAUAGAACACUAGAAUCUGACAAAUUUGGACUCCAGGUUGCCGUACAUGCAAUUGGGGACAAAGCUAAUGACAUGCUACUGGAUAUGGUUGACAGGGUUGUUGAUUUAAAUGGAGUGAAGGACCGUAGAUUCCGGAUUGAGCAUGCCCAACAUCUGGCUCCAGGUGCAGCAAAGCGCUUUGGCAAGCAUGGUAUCAUUGCAUCCGUGCAGCCAGAUCAUCUAUUAGAUGAUGCCAACUCUGCUGGAAACAAGAUUGGGGUGGAACGGGCUGACCGAAGCUCCUACACAUUCCGAUCACUGUUAGAUGGCGGUGCACAGCUAGCUUUUGGUUCUGACUGGCCUGUUUCAGACAUCAACCCCUUACAAGCUAUCCGGACCGCCAUGUUCCGUAAGCCUCCUGGGUGGGAGGUCCCCUGGAUCCCUGUGGAACGCUUAACCCUAGAUGAAUUAUUGAAAGCGCAUACGUUGUCUGCUGCCUUUGCCUGCUUCCUGGACCAUGCCGUGGGCAGCCUUUCUGAAGGGAAAUACGCCGAUUUUGUGGUGCUGCCUUCUACAUCGUGGGACGAAUUCUCUAACGAUGUGCCGGGGCAGGUCCUGGCGACGUACGUGAGCGGCAGGCAAGCCUAUCCAUGA